AUGGUAUGGAAUUGUCAAGGGGCGGCGUCAGCAGGCUUUCACCGCACCCUCAAACAACUCAUUUGGGAGCAUAAACCUUCCAUCGUCUGCUUAUUAGAGCCUAAAGUAUCGGGAGACCAAGCAAAUGCCAUUUGUGCAGGCUUUGGUUUUUCCGAGUGGGUUAGAGUAGAGGCUUUUGGAUUCUCGGGAGGAAUCUGGAUCCUCUGGAAAGAGACCUUACUUGUUAACAUAAUGUUUACUCACCCUCAGUUUGCUGUUUUACAGGUUGGAGAAGGAAGAUCAGAACCAUGGUUCCUUUCGGUGGUUUAUGGUAGUCCAAACCUCCAACUGCGCAGAAGCCUUUUCUCUGAUUUGUCUAGCCAGAGCCUCGGUAUCCAAGGCCCCUGGUUGACAGCAGGUGACUACAACACGGUAGCAUCUCAAAGUGAAGUUAGCAAUCCCGGAACGUUUAAUUCUACAAGAUGCUCGGAGUUUAACGAGUGGAUCUUUCGCGAAGGCCUAAUUGACCUAGGAUUUGAAGGACCAAACAUCACUUGGAGGAGGGGUAUUAACUCGGAAACAUUCAAGGGCGCCCGAUUCACCGAUUGGAUAGAGCACUAG